AUGGAGAAGCACAAGCUACAGCCGGGGGAGAAGGCCAAAAUACGGGCCAUCUUCUUUUUCAUCGGGCUCCUACUGAGUCUGCCAUCCCAUGUGAUAGUGAACGUGUCCUUCCUCAUAAAUCGUAUCUAUGGCGGGGAUAUUUUCGUCAUCGUAAUGGGCAUCGUAUCUGGAUGUAUGAUCAUCUCCUCAGUGUUUCAGUUAACUUUUGAAAGGACAUCCUUCAAUUCCAUCAUGGUGUUUAAUUCUUUAAACACAGCCAGUAUGUUGGUUCUACUAGUGGGCAUAUGUAUAUUCAAGUGUUCCAAAAUUUACGUAUAUAUAAUUUGUGGAAUUAUGGGCUUGUUUAUUGGUUAUCUAUAUUCAGCCUGCACAAAAUACUCUCUUCUCAUGGCUAUAAAAGUGAAUGGUUACAUGAUUACGGGAAUCAGCUUUAGUUCUCUCUUCUUCUUUGGGAUAAAUUUGUUGAUGUCUUAUUUUACAAUCGAAGAAGGAAAUGUGAACUCCUACUACAAUGCCAUUUCUUUAUCCAUUGGUACCAUUGUGUCAAUAGAGUUUUUUGUCAUUCUCUAUAUUAUGUAUGUGCAAGUCACCUCUCCUUUCUUUACUGAACAGCGCCAAAAAAUUGAACUUGAAAUUUGCAGAAACGCUAAUAUGGAUAAAGAUUUAAGUUCCAUUGAGCAAGGGAAGGCGAAGAAACAGAAAUCUUUUUUCUCUAGAUAUGAAUCCAAAUCCAAAGAGGGAGAUGUGCAUACGAGUGUCUUCACCUCGUGUAAAGAUAAAAUUAUCAACUUCAAGAAUAUGUUUAACUGUACCAAUAUUACUCACGGAGCUAGACUCAUUAAGUAUUACUACACCUGCCUCAUCCCUAUAUCCUUUUCGAUUUUUGUCUCCUCCAUUGUGUACCCCCAUAUGAUCCCCAACAAGCUCGAAAAAGGCGUCUACGUGAACUACCUAUUCAUGUUCCUCUACCAACUGAGUGACAUGCUCUUCAGCCUCGUCGUGACGGUCUACCUGACCGCCUUUAAUUUCCUCAAGCAGAAGUACAUCGUGAUCCUCUGCCUAAGUAGACUUAUCUUCCUGGGUAUCGCAUUCAAAAUAAUGCAUCUAGAAGAUGGAAGCUAUAUGCGAACAAACUGGUUCGUGUCGAUCAUCAUAUUUCUAUUAGGUUCUACCAACGGCUCGUUUAUAAAUAUUAGUUACGCCAGAAUAGGGGACUGCUUCGAAGAAUCAAGCACCAAGGAAAAGAAGAUCGCCGUGUCUUCGUCUUUUUGCGCCCUCUCUCUGUUGAUGAGUUUUGCUCUGGCACCUUGGUUUUGUAAGGUAAUCAUUGACAUGUGA